AUGCCGUUGGCAACCGCCCCCGGAAACGGCAUCACUAAGUUGACCAACUGCCGGCUGGUGCGCGGCAGCGACUUGGUCUGGGAUGACAUCUGGGUCAGCUCGGCUACGGGAAAGAUCCUCCGCAGCCAGUCGACCUUCUACGACGAGCUCAUCCUACCCGACGAGACUAUUGACCUCGGCGGCCGCAUCGUGUCUCCGGGCUUCAUAGAGUGCCAGCUGAACGGCGCCUAUGGCUUCAACUUCUCCACCGUCCUGGACGACAUGUCGCAGUAUGUCAAGCAGGUGCGCGACCUGAACAGGAGGCUCGUCCAGACUGGAGUGACCUCGUACGUCCCCACCGUGACCAGCCAGACAAGCCAUCUCUACAAGAAAGUUCUUCCGCAUCUCGGCCCGUCAGGGAGGACGCGGGUCGCCGAGGACGGGGCCGAGUCUCUCGGCGCCCACCUCGAAGGCCCCUUUCUAAACCCCGGCAAGAACGGGGUCCACAACACAAAGGUCCUCCGCGAGGCCGAGAGCAUCGCAGACCUCGAGGAGAUGUACGGGGCCAAAAACAUCAACCCAGCCGUCGCCGGGACAGCACUCCCCAUCCCCGUCAAGAUGAUCACGGCCGCCCCCGAGCUGGGCCAGAUGACCAAAAUCAUCCCCGAGCUCCGCUCGCGCGGCAUCGUCUGCUCGAUCGGGCACUCGGAAGCCACGUACGAAGAGGCGUCGGCCGCCGUGGCCGCAGGCGCCACCAUGAUCACGCACCUGUUCAACGCUAUGCGGCCGCUGCACCACCGCAACCCGGGCAUCUUUGGUGUGCUGGGCACCGCGAACAACAACAACGAUAACGACAACAACAACAGCUCGCGGCCGUACUUUGGCAUCAUCGCCGACGGCAUCCACCUGCACCCAGCAACAACCAAGAUCGCGUGGAACGCGCACUCGGCGGGCUUCAUCUUGGUGACGGACGCCAUGCACCUGGUGGGGCUGCCCGACGGCACGUACCCGUGGACCAACGGCGGUGAGGCGGCCGACCACUUCAUCACCAAGAAGGGCGCGGUACUGCUGCUCGAAGGGUCGGACCACACCAUCGCCGGCAGCUCCAUCGCGCUGCUCGACUGUGUCAACAACUUCCUGCGCUGGUCCGGCGCUUCUGUGCCAGAGGCCCUCCGCGCCGUCACCGCCACCCCGGCCACCAUGCUCGGCGUGCAGCCGGCCAAGGGCAGCCUCGAGGCGGGCGCCGAUGCCGAUUUGGUUGUCUUGGAUGAUGAGACAGGGGCAGUCGAGGGCAGGGGCAGGAGCUUGGCGGUGCAUCAGGUCUGGAAGUUCGGCGCAAAGGUCUUUGACGGGGCCAGCGAGGCCGAGGCCGGGGAGGGACUUUAG